UGUUUUUAUCAAAAUGUAGGUCUGCGUUAGCCAGUGUCGUCUUAUGUGUUAUGGAGAGUAACUUUGUUCCGAGGUAAAGUUUCCACGAGUUCAGCCAAGGACGAAAAGCAAGGCAUUAUGCCCGAUGAGAUGUCACGGCCUUUAAUUCGAGGGAGAGGUGGAGGGGGAGGCUCCAGACACCUCGAAGCCUCCGUGUCUGAACCCGGCGCUCCGGUGAUUGGCAUCCUGGGUACAGGCGACUUCUCCCGCUCACUGGCCAGAAGGCUGGUGGCCUCCGGCUACCAAGUGGUGGUGGGGAGUCGAAUCCCCAAACGCUCCGUGGCUCUCUUCCCCGAGGAGGCCGAGGUGACCUCCCAGAUGGAGGCAGCAAACCAGGCCGACCUGGUCUUUGUUGCUGUGUUUCCUGAGCACUACUCCACACUGGUGGAGCUGAAGCCAGCACUGGCUGGAAAGAUUCUGGUGGAUGUUAGCAAUGGUUUGCAGAUCAACCGAGAAGGACCUUCCAUUGCUGAACAGCUGGCCGACCUUUUCCCAGAGAGUUUUGUCGUCAAAGGGUUUAACACAAUAUCAGCCUGGGCGCUCCAGGUUGGACCUCGGGAUGGAAGCAGGCAGGUUUUCCUGUGUAGUGACAGUCAAAAGGCAAAGAGCUCAGUGAUGCAGCUCUGUCACAGGAUGGGCUUCAUCCCCAUCGAUAUGGGUCUCCUCUCCUCUGCUGUGGAGAUUGAAAACCUCCCCCUCUAUCUGUUCCCCUCCUGGCGCAUCCCUGUCCUCUGCACACUGUCUUUGUUCAUCUUCUUCUACCUGUAUAACUUCCUCCAUGACGUCUUGCAGCCCUUCGUCACGGCAGGGAAGAGCGCUUUCUACAAAAUGCCCAUUGAGACUGUGAACGUCACUCUUCCCUCUGUGGCCUUGGUGAUGUUGGCGCUGGUCUACCUGCCUGGUUUGUGCGCCGCCUUCCUCCAGCUGUGGUGGGGCACCAAGUACAAGCGCUUCCCCAACUGGUUGGACCAGUGGCUCACCAGGAGGAAGCAGUUUGGGCUGUGCAGCUUCCUGUGUGCCGUUCUACACGCCAUUUACAGUCUGUGUCUUCCGAUGAGGAAAUCUGCUCACUACAAGCUGAUCGACGUGGUAUUUAAACAGGUGAAGGAUGGCAACGAGGUCUCGUGGGAUGACGACGCCGUGUGGAGGAUGGAGCUGUAUCUGUCUGCAGGCAUCAUGGCUCUCGGGCUGCUCUCUCUGCUGGCCGUCACCUCGCUGCCCUCGGUGGCCAAUACUAUCAACUGGAGGGAGUUCAGCUUCAUACAGUCCACACUAGGUUACUGUGCCUUGUUCAUGGCCACCGUCCACACACUCCUCUUCAGCUGGGAUCGUGCUUUUGAUCCGGCACGGUAUCACUUCUACCUGCCUCCCACUUUCGUCCUGGUCCUGAUUCUUCCCCUCAUGGUUCUGCUGGGCCGCCUGGCCCUUUUCGUGCCCUGUGUGGCCUCGCGCCUCCGACAAAUCCGCCGCGGUUGGGAGAAGAGUCGACACAUUCGCUUCAUCCUGCCAGACGACGACUGCCGAAACGGGCUGGAGGAUGUCAGCAAUGUGUGAGAAACACAGUGUGAAAAUUCAGAUAAAAGGGUGUUAAAAUCGGAAGUCUUUUUAGUGUGCGCUCAUGAAUACAAAGCACAUAGAAGAUAAAAGAUUUAUACGCUGUUGGAAUGUAUUAAAGGCUCGUCUCUUUUAGUUUUUGUGAGAGAUUUCAGAGUUGCAUCUCAACAAAUCAUCUGGAAGUUGUUCAGACGUAUACCGGUAGAGGUAGGUCACCAACCUUAUUGCACUAUGCAACGUCAGUAAUGACUUUAAUUUAUUGUUUUCUGUUACUAUAUUUGAAGCAUCAGUCCAAGAAUGAAGAACAGUAUUAGCUUUUGGAUUAAUUCAAUGCCAUAUGGCAACUGGCACACCUUUAUUUAACCUGCUAAACACUUUAUAUCUCAAUUUAUAUCGUUUCAUAAGUGAGUUUUCUUCACUCAGAUCAUCAGUAGCAGUCCUGGCUUUCCAUUUACUUUGUUCAUUCCUCUUUUGAUUGUUUUCUUGUGUCAUUUACUUGCACUUGAAGAUUGUGCAGAUGUUCAUUUUGUUUAUCCACAUGCUGAGAACAAACAGACAUCGUUCCACGUUAUUUAAUUGUGAAGUAAAUAUGCAAUACUUUGACAAUGUAAUGUGCUUUAAUGUUGAUUUAAACUGUUAGGCACUGGAGGAAAAUUCUGGGAUGGGGAGAUAGUUUUGAAAUGCAAGACUCUUCCCAGCGUUGUUAUUUUCUGUGGAUCCUCCUCUUGACCUGACCCCCUACUCAUUAAUAAUUAAACAAUAGGGAGUUAUUUAAACACUGAAUACACUAACAGAGUGUAUUCACUAUAUGUUCCACCAGUACACAUGAGUUAGAAAUUGACAAGGGUAUGAUAAAUGCCUCGUUUCACCAAAUAGUAAGGUAAAUUUAAGAGCUGCCCAGUGCUAAGUUGACAAUACACUCUUGUUUUCCACAUAAGGCAAUUAGGUUUUUACUUGCAAAAAGAUACUUCCUCUUUCAGAAAUACGGCAUAAAAUACAGCCAUCCUUUGGUCUUUUGUUUUUAGAUGAUCUAUUUCAUAUUGGCAAGAUGAGAAACAAACAAAAAAGAGAAACUAAAAUCCCCCUGAUUUCCAGAUCCAAAAUCAUUCUCUAUUUUUGAUUAAAUGAUUAAAAAUUCUUCACUAUGUAUCACAGUUACGUAUUAGGAGUGUUUUUUUUUUUUUUUUUUUAAUGAAAACAAUUCCUUCCUUGCUUAAAAUGGCUCGGAUGUAACUCUACAAUGUUGCUUUGAGCUCACCCAUGAUGCUUUUCAAGCUUUAAAACUACUCUGCACUGCACAUGAUGAAGUUGUAAUAUUGAGGUAAUCCAGCCUUAUGUGUUUAAACUAGGAGCAGAAGAAUAAUGUUACAGAAAACCUCAACCUGGUUGGUUCUUUAGGUUUGUUCCACGUGAAAUUCUUUUCUCAAAUUUUUGAGACUGUUGAUGCUUAUUUCACUCAUGAUAUGUCUUCGACAUAAAAAACACCUCAUGGACAUGUUAAAUAAACUUGACUUUCGCUAGAGACCGUCUCUAAGCCAAUACAGAAAUGACUGUUAUCUGAUCACCACUUUCUACUUAGAAGUUUAGUACGUUCCCUCACUCAUAUGUUGUUCAUAAUGUGUCAACUGGAAACCUGAACUCCGACGCAUUUCUGCAGGUAACUGUGCACAUGUGGCUUUUUUUUUAAUACAUUGCUAACUAUUCUUGUUAGUGUUGUACAACUCCAACCUGCUGAUACAUCAAUCAAUAUUCUUUUUGACUUUAAAAAUCUCUGUGCUGUUGCAUCAUUCUCAACUGUUUCCACUCUGAACAUGAUUGACAGUCGGUCUGUCUUGUGAUUUCAACAUUUCCAUGUUUAAUGUGUCCUUUUGUCAUUUUUAUGUUCUUGCCAAAGGUGGUUUUCUGUUAUGUGAUGAGUAUGUUUUUUGAGUCUAGCUUAAAAUAUUCUUAUAUUAGUGUACUGACAUUGAAGUGAGUGUCUAUGAUCAUAAUGGCACCAACAUAAAAAUUUCAAAUGGAAAUUUCUAGUAGUUGGAAUAAAGUAUGUUUUUUUUUUCCCAAAAUGUAUUCUGUUUUUAAUAUUUGCAGUAGUGCGACUCAUUAGGUUGUGGAGAUUUGGUUAAUUUCAUGAAAUGGAGGAAGAUCUCAACUAAAAUACACUCACCAGCCACUGUAUUAGGUACACCUUGCUAGUAAAAAAUUGAUAUUGACAUGAUAGCAUCACGCAUUUGCUGUAGAUCUGUUGGCUGCACGUCCUUAAUGUCAAUCUCCCGUUCCACCACAUCCCAAAGGUUCUAUUGGAUUGAGAUCUGGUGACUUUGGAGGCCAUUGGAUUACAGUGAACUCAUUGUUAUGGUCAAGUAACCGGUUUGAGAUGAUUUGAGCUUUGUGACCUGGUGCAUUAUCCUGCUGGAAGUAGCUGUCAGAAGAUGGUCACUGUGGUCAUAAAGGGAUGGACAUGGUUAGCAACAAUACUCAGGUAGACUGUGGUGUUUAAACAAUGCAAGGUUUCACACGUUCAAAGAUGGUGUUCAACAUUCUCUGGUUGUAAUGAGUUAUUAUUUGAGUUACAGUAUCAUCUUCUGCCCAUUCUCCUCUGAAAAAAAUAAUCAUUUUUGACCACGUGUGCAUGCCUAAAUGCAUUGAGUUGCAGCUGAUUAGCUAUUUGUGUUUACAAGCAAUUGAAUAGGUGUACCUAAUAAAGUGACCGGUGAGUGUAUAUCUUUAUUUUUUAAUGGCUCGUGUCCACCAUUAAAACAGUAAGGAAAGCCUGAAUGUGCAACAGCAGUGAAACCAUCACAUCAUUAAAUAUGUGGAUGCUGCCA